AGAAAGCUACUUCAUGCAGUAGCAAGUAAAUUUUCAGUAUUUGUAUGUGAAAUUAAAGAAAAUUAAGCUUGAGGUCAGGUAUAUUCUAAAAAUAGCUUAUAAAAAUGCUGGAGCCCGGUUUCUGGAGUGCACAGUGCACUUUAGAUAUUGAAACUUGUGUAGACUAUUCCUUAAGUGCAGUGUCAAGGUUGAAAAAAUAGAAAUUUGUAAUUUCUUUAUUUUUCAUCAUACAAAAUACACAUUUUUAAGCUGCACUCUAAGGAAACCCACUGUAUGGUCAUGUGACUUUUUGGCGGGGAAUAAAUCAGCAUACCUAUUAUAUACAGUCUUUAGUCAUGCAUGUCAUUUAACAAAAUAACUGGAGACAGAAAGGAAUAUUUUAUUGAAAGUGUAAUGGAACAAACUGUCAUAAGUUUACUACAGAAAGUCGACAGAAGACUGGAGAACAUUGAGACACAGAUUUAUAAACAAAAUGAUAGAUUAAAUUCUUUAGAAAAAAUUGUGAAACUUACUAAUGCUCAAAGUAAAUUGGACAAUCAGGACAGUGGUACAAAAUCUACAGUCAGUUCGGGUGAAAGUGAUAACUUCCUAAAUCAUGUAAAGGCAGAGCUAAGAAAUGUGGGAAAAGGGAUAACAGGAGACGGAAAAACUAGGUCAAAAAUAAAGAAGACUAGCUCUUUUAACGAGAAACCUUCUUCAAAGCCAGUUCGAGUCAGAAGAAGCCCUCACACCAUUCCUUCAGAUAAAGAUGAAGAAAGAAGAAUUAACAGCUUCCGUCGGGAAUGCUUGUCGAAAGCUAUACAAUGGCAUCUAGUUGAUUUGAUAAAUGCUGUGCCAGAAAAACAUGAAUUUGUGCUCCCAAAAUGGCUUAGUAGGGAAGAGGUGAAAUUUGUAAUGGAAGGAACGGACAGGAAAAACCACUUCAGGCGAUUCCUAUGUGUUCUCAGGAAGAAGGAAUUUGGAACAAUGCAGGAAUGGCUACAUAUUUGUGGGUUUGAUGAGAAAGUGGUAAAGCAGGUCUGGGAAACAUUCCAGGAAUUUAGUGACAAAGAUAUGAAUAUGUCAAGAUUGAAGUGUUUGCGAUGCAGACUUAUUGACGGUGUAAGUGUUGUGAAUGUGGCUGAUUAUUUAUAUAGUGCUGAUAUUUUGACAUCAGAGCAAGAAUAUUUGAGAAUUUCCAGUUCUGAAAGACCAGUUGGUGCACAGGAUGAACUCUGGAAAUACGUUUUGCAACAAUGUGAGAAGUAUAUAUGCCCAGAAGUGGUUGCUAUAGCUUUGAAAGUGGCGCUGACAGAUCAGCUGAAUAUAGUGGAUGAUGAUGAGAUAUUGGUGUACGAGUCUUUGCUCAAUGACAUUGAUGCCAGCGAUACUCAAGAAUUACUAGCAUGCCGCUGCAAUGUGAGAUGUUCCCAGUCACUUCAUCCGCCAUCCUGUCUGAAAACCAUGUCUUUAGCAGGUGUCUAUUUUUCACCACCAACUCGGCGAAAACGAGAAAAGUCAUCAUCGUCAGGUGGAAGUCCACAGUCCAGUAGUUCCUCUAACUCGUCUGUUGAGACCGUUUGUAACGGUACCAAUGACGAAAGAGGAGAUAGAAAUGAAGAGAUUCUGAACCCUGAUGAUGAAACUUUCCUGAAGCAACCUUUUGGUACAACUAAAAAUGAAAAGCUGAAACCAGAAGGAAACGGUAUAGUUUCAAACCUCGCAUUAAGGCCACGGAGUGCCAGGUCAAGGUCAUUGCGCAGAAGGUCUCAACAAAAGGUUGAAAAUUUUCCAUCUGAUUCAAGCAUAGAAAAUUUUGAUAGGGAAAAUAUAAAAGCUGGUCCAGUCAGAAAUAGUUACAAGUCAGUAACAAGCAAACUUGAAAAUAAACCAAGUGUGAUACCAGUUCACGCAAAUACAGUGUAUAUAGACACUGGAACAAAAUAUAAUAUACAACUAAGAAAAGGAAGAUCUAGUGAGAGCUGUAGUGAACAUUAAAAUCUGUUUUCCCCAGUUACAGCCCCUUAAAAGCCUUGCAGGAAAACAUGAUGAUGACAAACCCUGGUGAGGAACAAAGUUGUAGAUUACAUUUUAUCUGCAUUAUGAAAUCGAAAUGCUGUUUCAGCUAAACACAAUUAAAAUAUGAAUCAGGGAAACAUUAGUUUCAAUAUUUUCAAGCAUCAGUUAAAUACUCGAGUGAUACCGGCAGGGAAUCUAUGGAUCAUUUAUAACUUCCUUCCAAGUACUAAUAUUUACUGUACUGGGUAGUCCAGUUAAGUGGGUUAUGAUCCUAGGUCAGAUAAAUGUAUACAUUUUUCUGAAAAAUUCAAGAUGGACAAAAGCGCUCACAUGAUUUUUAACAAAUAGGACAAGAAACACCUCCCAUUGUACUGUAGAGUUGUUAUUUAUGGGAGUAUCAAUUGGAAGAAAAACUGAUUUUUGAAGAGAUGUGGCAGACUGUUAAAGCCUUUUUUGUGACAUACGUUUUUAUUAUUAUUUACUUUAAAUUAUAAAUAUUGUUUUUAUAAAAGAUUUAUGUUCCUUUAUUGGUGUUGGCAGCUUUAAUUUCAUGUUUUAUUCUUUAAGAAUAGUAUUAAAACUAAAUAAUAAAUGUAGCACUUAA